AUACAUUCUCUCCAUAACACUUCUCUCUCUGUAUAUAUAUAUAUAUACAUAGCUCGAAACUAUCUCUGUCUCUUGUUAAACCACAAAAAGAACCAAACUUUCUCUUCUCUCUUCACAACUUUUUCAUAUUUGAUAUUAAUGGAAGACAAUAUAUUUAAGUUCAACAUUGAUCUUGAUCAUCUUCAUCCUCAAGAUCUCGAUGAAGAAGUAGAAGAAGAAACAGAGGAAGCAGAUGAAGCUCUUUCUCUCUCCGAACUUCCUCUGAGCUCCAACCAAAACGAUCAAAACUACGGCCAAGAAUCCUUCAAGAACACCACUCUUAGUCGCCGCUCCUCGUCGGAGCCUCCGGAGUUCUUUGAGUUUUUCAGCGAUGUAAGCUCCGGCGAGAACAUGUGUUCCGCCGAGGACAUUAUCUUUUGUGGGAGAUUGAUACCCUUUAAGGAGCAGUACUCCGAUAACCAUAGCGAUAAGAUGUCUUUGAAGAAUGUUAUUAGUUUUCCCGAAGAUUUUAUCAAGAAACAAACAGGUUUACGGCGGCGAUCGGAGUCUUUGUCCGAGUUGCAGAGCAGCUCUGUUUCUCGGUCGAGUAGUACGAAAGCCAUGGCGAUGAGGAACAGCCGUUCUUUGGAUUAUCAGAAGCUCCGGAGGUCUUCAAAUUACUCGAUGGUGUCGCCGGGGCCGCCCGAUAUCGAUCGGAAUUCGUCUGUGAAGAGCUCCGGGAAAUCAGACUCGCCGCCGAAGAAACCAUUCCGACCGCGGUGGUCGUCGUUUCUGAUGUUUGGGAUGGCGAGGUUUCCGACGGAGAUGGAUCUCAGCGAUAUCAAAAGCCGGCAGGUUAGACGGAGCCCAUCGACGCUUUUUCCGACUCUGGAUUCCGGCGGUGGGAAUUUCCCGGUAAGCCGGAACUCCAGCUCCGGCAAGGCUUCCUGGAAGCUGCUCAAGGCGUUGAGCUGUAAAGACCAUGCGAGUGUGGCUGUAACGGCGUCGCUUUGUGUGUCGCACGUGUGAGAUACUUACCAGUCACGUGCAUGGCACGUGGUACAAAAACGACAACGACACAAACAAACCCGUUUCGCUACUAAUGUUUGUUGGACUAUUCUAUCCAUGAGUUGUGGUUUCAAUUUUGAACUUUUCAGUUUAUCGUGGAAGGGUAGAAUGGUCAGAAGAAAAUUAUAGCAUUCCUUUUGCUUGGAUUGUUUGGACAAUGAUAUAUUGAUAUAUUUUAAUUAUUAUUAUUAUUAUUAUUUUUGUGUAAUUAUGUUAAUACUUUACGUAGAAGUUAAGAUUGGGUACAGUGUGAGGAGGAGUGUCAUAUAUUAAUUUUUUUUUUGGUGAUGAUGAUAAAUAUAUUUUCUCAUUUAUUUA